AUGGAAACGGAAGCGGAAACAGGAAUUGCAUGUGAUGAUGAAUUCAUUUUCCGUUCUAAACUGCCUGAUAUUUGCAUCCCGACCCACCUCCCACUUCAUUCUUAUUGUUUCCAGAAUUUUUUGCAAUUCAAACACCGUCCCUGUUUGAUCAACACCAAAACCAACCAGACAUUCACCUACGCCGAUGUCCAGCUUAUUGCCGCAAAAGUCGCCUCCGCUCUCAACGACCUUGGGGUCCGACAAGGCCACGUCAUCAUGCUUCUCCUUCAGAACUGUCCCGAAUUCGUCUUCUCCUUCCUCGGAGCUUCCUCCCUCGGAGUCAUCGUCACGACGGCCAACCCAUUUUACACCGUAGCGGAGGUCGAAAAGCAAGCCACCGCUUCAAACACCACGCUGAUCAUCACGCACGAGUCCUUGCUCGAGAAGGUUAAGGAUUUCGCGAGAGACAACAACGUCAAACUGGUGCUUAUCGACGAUGACGAGGCAACCCUGCCGCAGGAGGAUAUUAUGUCUAAUUUCGUACGGUUCUCCGAUUUGAUGAAGGCCGAGAAGAAUAAUAUCCCUCCGGUGACGAUAUCUACGGAAGACGUCGUCGCGAUGCCUUAUUCAUCAGGCACCACAGGGCUUCCCAAGGGAGUGAUGCUAACCCACAAAGGCCUGGUCACAAAUGUGGCUCAACUGGUUGACGGAGAAAACCCUAAUUUGUAUUUGGAGAAGGAGGAUGUGAUUGCUUGCGUUUGUCCUCUGUUCCACAGUUAUUCGUUGUUUACCAUUCUACUAUGUGGGCUUCGAGUCGGUGCUGCUAUUUUGAUCAUACCCAAGUUUGAAAUAGCGACGAUGUUAGAGUUGGUUCAGAAACACAACGUAACGGUUGCGCCGUUCGUGCCGCCGAUUCUGCUGGCCAUAGUUAAUUACCCAAACCUGCAACAAUACGACGUCUCGUCGAUAAGGAUGAUCAUGUGCGGGGCAGCCCCCUUGCGGAAAGAGCUUGAAGAUGCAGUGAAGGCUAAGCUUCCUAACGCUAGUCUUGCACAGGCUUAUGGGAUGACGGAGGCUGGUCCAGCGGUGGCCAUGAGCCUAGCGUUUGCUAAAGAGGCUUGCGAGGUGAAAUCAGGUGCGUGCGGGAGCAUAGUAAGAAACGCUGAGAUGAAGAUCGUUGAUCCUGAGACUGGCAUAUCCCUUGCCCGGAAUCAAGCGGGCGAGAUUUGUGUUCGAGGCAAUCAGAUUAUGAAAGGUUAUGUAAACGAUUCAGAAGCAACAAAGAGAACAAUAGAUGAAAGAGGAUGGCUGCACACAGGUGAUAUUGGAUAUGUGGACGAUGAUGAAGAGCUGUUCAUAGUGGAUCGUUUAAAGGAAGUCAUCAAAUACAAGGGCUUUCAAGUUGCUCCUGCUGAGCUUGAAGCUCUUCUUCUUUCUCAUCCUUCCAUUUCUGAUGCUGCUGUUCUCCCGAUGAAAGAUGAAGUUGCAGGAGAGGCUCCUGUUGCGUUUGUUGUGAAAUCAGAAGGUUUCAACAUCUCUGAAGAUCAAAUCAUGGAGUACAUCUCUGAGAAGGUGGUGUAUUACAAGAGAAUCAAGAGGGUCUUCUUCGUGGGCUCUAUUCCAAGGUCACCCUCCGGCAAGAUUCUGCGCAAAGACCUAAGAGCAAGGCUCCCCAACGAGUGA